AACGCCAACUACCAAAAAUGGAAAACCUCGCAACUUUGCUACUUUUAUUCCGUUGGCAGCAAUUUCCCUCUUCCCCGCUCUCUUCUUCUUCAUCAUUUGAAUCAUCCUUCACUCUUUCACUCUCGCUCAAAAUUUCUCUCCCUCUCUCCUCGGUGAAACUAGCCGAAUUCGCCGCCGCAUCAACUAGCAGCGCCGCCGUAUCGUACUCCAUUUUCUCUCUCCUCUACUCGCCUUUAUAAACCCUAACUCUCUUAAACCCUACCUACACCUUCAAUUUCUGCUGCACCUAACUUUUUGAAGAAAAAGAUUUGUAAUUGUUGCGGAGGUUUUUUUAAAACUAUAUAUCAAAGAUGAGUGCGACAACGCAAAGAACUCCUAAAUCUGGAAGACAGUCAUUGUUUUUCAACGAUUUAGCUACACCUGUCUCAUCCAGGAGGGGUAAAUUUUCAACCCCCGGUCAGGCUGCAGCAGUUUCUGCCCUUUGGCGUGAAAAUUUUGCAAGUUCCGAUCUUCCCCCUCCACCAGUAUUUACUUUAGAAGACCGCUCGGACUUCUCAACUGAAUCUGGACUUAUGGACUAUCCAAUGUCUCCUGAAACUAAGUCAGAUCCUAGAACUCCCAAUCAGAAUUCUGGCAGAGAAUUUGUAACACCGCUUAAAAGCAAAACAGAGGCUAGCACAUCAAUGGCUUUGACAACAAGUCAGCAAAAUCAAGGGUCGGCAAGUUUGAAUUGGUGGUCUCCUGGGAAAAGUGCUAGUGACCAAGAAGAGAAGGGAAAGGGUUCCCCAGUUGAAGGUGUUGUACAGCCAGGAGCUUUGAUUACAGUUCCUGCACCAAGGGAAGUUGCGAGGCCUGAGAUGCAAAGGAGUAGUUUACCUGCUGGAAAUCUUAAUGAAGAAGAAUGGGUUACUGUUUAUGGAUUCUCUCCCAGUGAUACCAAUUUAGUCUUAAGGGAGUUUGAAAAGUGUGGUGUGAUAUUGAAACAUGUUCCAGGACCAAGAAAUGCUAAUUGGAUGCACAUUCUCUAUCAGAAUCGUGCUGAUGCUCGUAAAGCACUUAGCAAGAAUGGGGCACAAAUAAAUGGAGUCCUUAUUGUUGGUGUGAGGCCUGUUGAUCCGGUUCAGUGUCAGGCUCUUGAUGAAAGGGCCAACAACCAAGGAUUUAUGCCUCUACCCAUGUCAUCAUCAAAUUUGAAUACUGAACAAACUUCUUCAAGAACAACUGCUCGACCUUACUAUCUUCAGAAUGGUAACAGUACAGCGAAGCAGUCUGGUGCAAUUGCUUCCCCUGCCAAAUCCGUUGUAACUAGGGUCAUGGAUCUAAUGUUUGGUGUCUAGGUGUGCCCUUCAAAACCCCGGGCUCAGUUAUCUGAAAAUUAGUAGUGUAUUAUCUUGUAUUUCAUCAUUAUUUCGUCGAGAAGCGAUGUAUGUGCAAUGAGGAACCCAGAUGAUGAUCAGGGGGGAAAAUGUAAUUUUUUUGUAGCAGCCCAAUGCUGGAUUAUGUUCCUUUAUCAUUCUUUUGGUUCUUGACUUUGGAUUUCUUUAAAUGGAAAUUAUAGUGGGGGACAUCGUA